CGGCGAACCCGUUAUCGGAAAACGUCGAGAUUCGAACCCGAUAUUCCAAGUAAAGCGCUCUAAACCGCUGCCGCCAACUCACCUUCUCCGCCACUUCCCGCGGGCACGCAUGUUCACGCCACCGGCUGCGCCACCGAGAGGGUAACCCCCUCUGUCGCCACCAGUGUCCGUUUCCCCGGUCGCCCACUCUUUGCCCCAAAUCAACGGCGGCGGUAGUCAGCUCGAUGGACUCUUCCCAUCGACCUGGUGAUGCCCAGGCCGCAGACCUCUCUGCCAGCACCACCGAUGACUACGUCCACGUUCCGCCUCCCGCUGCCUCCGGCGAGCCCGAUGAAACCCUAGUCCCCGUCGUCGCCGCCCCUUCCGAGGAGCAGUACGAAACAGUGAAUCUCAUUGCCGAUCCACCCUCCGGGGAGCCGGACAGUGCCGUGGCCCCCGCAGGCGAUGCCUCAACCCGUCGGCCGAACGAAGGCUUAAUCCGAGUUGACUCUGCGAGGUCCGAGCCAGAGGAGGAAGGGGCGGCAGGAGAGCCGCUGUCUCUGGAAGAUUCAGAGAGCGAAGAAGCUGAAACGGAGCAUGGUUACCUUCCCAGCGAAGAAGACCCUCGAGAAUUGGUAGAUCUUGGGGGUUGGACCGGCGAGAACGUGAAGUUCGAGCUCCCGCCGGAACUCACGAAGAACGUCGUCUUUCUGGAGUGCGAAUCAUCGGCUCCCGGGGGGGUCUGCCGGAUCUGUUUGGUUGGAACUGCUCACGUGUCGAAGGAAUCAUGCGAUGAAGUUCAAGCGAUCAUCAAUCUCUUGAAACCGCAGGUGGUCUUUUUGGAGCUAUGCUCAAAUCGGGUAGCCUUUUUAUCUCCCAAUGUUCAGCAAGUCCAGUCACUGCGGGAAAUGGUUGAUAUAUGGAAGAAAGGGGAGAUGAAUCUUUUUGGACUUCUCUACAGUUGGUUCUUUUCCAAGGUCGCAAACCAACUUGAAGUGACACCUGGUGCUGAGUUCCGUACAGCUUAUGAAGCAGCAAUUAGUUACGGGGCAAGGGUUAUACUCGGUGAUCGUCCUAUCAAGGUGACAUUGAGAAGAACAUGGGGACUGAUGCCUUUGUGGCAAAAAAUAAAGCUUCUGCUGCACAUGUUUUUCCAAGGAAUCUGUUUACCAGGUGCAAAAGAUCUCAAUGACAUGCUGAAGGCAAUGGGUGAUGUUGACAUGUUCACAUUUGUGGUUCAAGAAAUGAGCAAGUCUUACCCAACAUUUAUGGAGACCAUUGUUCAUGAACGUGAUCGGUAUAUGUCACAUACAUUGUUACGGGUUGCAAGUAGCCAUAAUUCUGUUGUGGGUGUUGUUGGCAAGGGUCAUUUACCUGGAAUUAAGGAGCACUGGAAGCAGCCCAUUGAGAUGUCUGAUCUGUUGGCAAUCCCAGAAAGCAUAUCAUGUUGGUCAUCCAAGAAAUUGUGGACCACCGUUGGCAUUGCAGUUGUUGGGGUGGCUGUUGCUUCUGGUUACUUUCUUGCCAGCAAGAGGUAGACAGGGUGAUUACAGGAUCCUUUCUCUUCCAGCAAUUGGUUCUUACAUAUUACUUCUUUUUUCUUCUUGGAAGUUAAUUUUGUACAUUUUUAGCCAAGUGCAUAAAAUUUUCAGCUGGUCACUGAUUCAUAACUUGUUAAACUUGCAUUUGCACUGUCUUGUGCAUUCUGGAUGUGCUUGGACAGAGUGCUGUAGAGUGACUAAUCUUGUGAAAUUUCAUUUUACAUCCAUUUGUUCUUGAUCUGGGUUUAGGUUGAGACAGGGUUAUGGAUGGACUGAUAAUGGAAAGUGUUGGUUGUGUAUUUA